AUGUUGUUUUUUGUUUGUUCAGGCUUCUAUUGUUUACUCAUUGCUCUUUUCAUCUUUUCCGUUGAUUCGCGACUUGUUCCAUUACAACAUGAAAUUAAUGAACCGCUGACUAUUGACGUUUUAUCAACGAACAAUAACCUUCACAUCCCAGUGAUUUCAUCAAAUAAUGCAGUUAUUAGACAAAAAGCAGCAUCACCACCGGUUGCUAAUACAACAGUGUGUUAUCCAAUCGUUGGUUGUUUUGAUAACAAUGAACCAUUUAAUCAUGCCGCCUUAGAAGUACCACAAUCACCAGAAUUUAUUAAUAGCGCUUUUCUUCUUUAUACACAAGAAGCACCAACAAAUCCGGAAUUUCAUUAUUAUGAUUCUGAUGAUGAAUCAAUUAUAAAAUCAAGCAUAAAUCCUUCUCGAUGGUUAAGAGUUAUUAUACAUGGUUUUCAAAAUAAUCGUGAUAGUUCUUGGAUACCAAAAUUAAGAGCUGAAUUACUUAAAUUAAAAAAUUAUGAACUAUCUGAUGUACUUGUUAUUGAUUGGGGUGGUGGUGCAAAAUUUCCAUUUUAUUCAAAUGCUGUUGCUAAUACUCGUCUUGUUGGUAAACAAGUUGGUUUAUUUUUACAAAAAAUACACAAAUUAAAAGGAAUAUCAUAUGAUAGAAUUCACUGCAUUGGACAUAGUCUUGGCGCACAUACAUGUGGAUAUACAUCAAAUACAGUUGAUAAUCAAUUAGGCCGUAUAUCAGGUCUUGAUCCGGCUGGUCCAUUCUUUUCAGGAAAAAAGAUAGUUGUUCGUUUGGAUAAAGAUGAUGCUAAAUUUGUUGAUGUUAUUCAUUCAAAUACUGAAAUUGCUCUCGGACUUGGUCUUGGAAUAACUGAUGAAUCAGGUGACAUUGAUUUUUAUGCUAACGGUGGUCAAACUCAACCUGGUUGUCCUUCAAUUGGUGCACUCCUCGGUGGUGUCUUAGGUGGUCAAAGUGAAGCGGCUUUUGAACAAGCAUCCUGUUCACAUGGCCGUGCACAUGGAUAUUUUAUUGAAUCAAUCAAUUCGGAUUGUCCAUAUACAGCUUUUCCAUGCCAUGAUUAUGAUAGUUUUAUGAAUGGUAAAUGUCUUGUAUGUCCAAUAUCUGGUUGUGCUCAAAUGGGAUUUUAUUCUAUAUAUUCACUUGGUCGUGGUAAAAUGUAUUUAGCAACAAAAAACCAUUCACCUUUUUGUGGCUAUCAUUAUUUUGUUGAACUUGUACUUGAUCGAGAUAUGGCUAAAACAGGUGGUGAGAUUUAUGUGGCAGUUUAUUCAAAUUAUGAAUUAUUAGCUAAUGUUAGCAUGACUGAAAAAUCGAAUGCUGAUAUUAAAGCAGGUGAUAUUUUUCGACAUGUAUUCAGUUAUCAUCUUGAUUUGGGUAAAGUUGAUUAUGCUGUGAGAAAUUUAUUAAUGAUUAUUUUAGUUUUUGGCUGGGGUGGCCCAAAAGCUGAUGAAAUCGUGAUUUCACGUCUUCGUAUUAAAUCCCUUGAAGAUACUGUUAUAUUGAGUGGAGGUUGUGAUACAAGCAUAAAAGUAGCAGCAUAUACUUCGGAAACAUUGUUACUCAACCGUUUUGAUUGUCAAGAUUAG